CCAGGAUCACAUUCCUUGCUCCCCUCCACCCGCUGCUGUCUUUCACGCCAUAAUCCGUGCGAGUUCUCACCAGCAGUAGCUCUUCCGUACUUUUAAUCACACCCGCAACGGUCGCUCGCGCUUCCCUCACCCACCUUUCCGUUGCACCCACUACCACCAGUGCGGGCUACGGCGCUGCCGGCUCCAUCAGGACCGAUAUUGAGCACAACCAUCAUCAACACCACACACUCCCGCACUUGCUUGCCCCCUUCUUCUCUUCCUCUUCAACCUCAGACGGGCGCGAAUAUCGGGUGUUUGACUGAUCGAGUCCGACUUGCCUGGGGCUCAACGUCCUCUUACUCUUCGACCUCUUCGACACAUUCCUUGUCGUCGGUGCAUCACGACCAUCGAGCGUGCGCAGGCGAUCAUGCUGUCUCACUUCAACUCCAGGCCGAAGACUGGCGAGUCUUCCGCUCUGCGACCUGCCAGUCGCGGACGCGACGGAGAUGCCAUCGAGGUCCCUAACCGUACCUCAUCGCUUCACUCACGCAUUGUCGCGCCUCUUCCACAAGCCGCGCCUUCGCCUCGGGGCAACCGCGCUCCUAAGACUUUGACGCAUGCCUACAUGGUAUGCGGUGUUGGACGGGAACCGUCGCAAUGGGUGCGCGCCCCAGCACCCGUUCAAGGUAGAAUCGGACAUAUGAAGGGCGCCGUUGGGCAGUUUUGGUUGCCAGAAAUUCUUGGUAGCAGCCCACGGCUGGAGCAGGAUAAUGACAUUGCACGCUCGCUUCAUGCCGCGAUGAGGGCCUGUUUCCCUCAUGAUGUUGAGAUUUGCACUGGAGCAAGCCAGCCUCACUGCGUUCACCACGCCUUUGUUCUUCAACAGGACUCUUCUCACACCCUAUACGGUAUUGCUCUCCGCGUCUGGUCACGCGCCGAUGAGAAGCGCGCCGAGACCAUUCGCGAUCUGCGCAAACGCACCGAGCCUGACUACUACGACAAUCCGAACGAGACGUACUGGAUCCCGUACUGCCUGUCCUUCUUAUCCCGAUACCCGUUGUACAAUCUCCUUGGCGACUACCUCCGUGGCAUGUGGAUUCACUGGAACAAGGCCACCAACCUCUUCCACGCGGAAGAGGUAUCCCGUAUCCUCAGCUUUCCCGCACCGCGUCUGAACGACUUGGUUCGCAUCGACAUGAAGGACUAUGCUUUGUGCUACCAGUUUCCUUCCUCGCCAACGCAAUUCCAGAACUUCGCCAUGUGGCCACUGUUCUCUUGUUUGUCGAUCCCCAACAUCGUCGGUGUGCUUGAAGCUGCCGUCUCUCCCACUCGCCGAAUCAUAUUUGUUUCGCACUAUCCCGCCAUGUUGACCGUGGCCACCGAGACCAUUCGCUGCUUGGUUCGCGUUUACGAGUGGAGUGGUUUGUAUGUGCCUGUUGUGCACGCGCGACACGCUCGCGAAUUGGUGCAAGAGCCGGGUCCAUACAUUCUCGGCAUGACAUCCGAAUGCCGUACACUCUUCACUGCUCCCUCGGACGCAUUAGUUGUCGACCUUGAUCGCAACUUCGUCCUCACGUCCAGCCCACCGACUGCGUGGAAUGCGCGACAGAGGACCAAGAUCAUCAACCGUAUCACUCAGGCACUGAACGGCGAUGUUGCUCCAUCUGGUGUGCCACAGCACCUUCGAUCAGCAUACGGCGGUGGCAAGCUUAUCCCGGCUGGUCAAAUCAUUGUCAUGCGCGGUGAGGUUGAGAGCGUUCAGGACCCGAAUUGGUGGAACCAGAAUGAAGUAAUGCGCGUGAUGGACCAUGCCUGCUCAAAGUUGGGCAAGAACACUGGCAUCAAGGCUGUCCUGACAGGUACCAACAAGAAGCCGCUCAUGACCAAAGUCUCCAUGCGCCAUCUCAACGAAAUUGUUCGCGAGCGCAACCAAUACUCGCGUGACGCGAUGGAAGCAUGGCAAGACUUCAUCAAUCUCAAGGGACGUAUGGACACUGAGCUUGCUAAGGUCUCCAAGCGCAACAACUUCCUCGUUGAGGAACUUGAAAGUUGGAAGCAGCAGUUCCUUAAAUUCCAGGCUUUCGCUGAGCAGCUCACCAAGGAGACCAACGAGCUCAAGGUCAAGAUCGACGGACACAAGCGCGAGAACCGCCGACUCACAACUCUCAUCGACCAGCAGAAGGACGACAUCAACCGCAUCACUGUCCGUCUGUCUGGUACGGAGAAACAGCGCGACGACGCCCUCGAGGCAUUGGUACUGCAACAGGAAAUUGCCGAGGAGCUCGAGCGCGAACGCAAACGCAACAAGAAGGAUCUCUCUGCGUUGCAACACACCAACGCUACUCUGUUGCGCCAACGCGACGAGACUCAACGCGUUGUCUUGCACUUGCGCGCUCUCAUCGACGGCCAGGCCCACCACAUGGAGCACAUUGUCCGCUCGCUCAAGGACACUCCAGAGGCGUCGGAAUUUCUGGACGCCGAGGAGGAGGCGCAGAGCCCUGUCUCUGGCGAGUUGAACGUUCCUGCACCCUCCGCUCAACACUCCCCAGCUGCCAUUCGCAGCAUGUUCAGCAUGGGAUCUCGGGUUUCAUCGCGUGCCAGCACUCGUCAAUCGCUCCGCAGCGACAUGCACCACGAAGGCGAAUCUUCGACACCUUCGGAAACUACGGCUUCCCGUCGUCACUCUUCCAAGCGGUUCUCUGAGCUCAGCAUGACUGACGUCGCUGACCGUCACCUUCGCGACAAGACUGACGCCAUCGCCUACAUCAUCCGCAACAUUUCCGAGCAGUGUGCUGCCGCAGUUGAAGGUCUCGACCUUGCUCGUCGUGCCGACACCGUUUCAUCGGAAGGCGACAACAUGGAUGACUUCAAGUCACCUGGCUCAAUCACUUCGGACAGCCGUGCUAGCCGACGUCUCAGCUCCAAGCGGCCUCUUCGCACCCUUCUCUCACCCGACUCAAUGCACUCUUCCAGCUUCUCUCCCGGAGCUUCAUCUCCCACUAAUGAAGACAACGAGUCAGACUUCGGCGGCUCCCACGCCGAUGCCAAAUCCGACAUUUCCGCCUCCACGGCGUCCUCCUCACCUACCUUCUCCUCAUACAGCCAACAUCAUCGCCACAUAAGCACGCAGCAAUUGCAACACAAUGCAAAACAACACCAGCAGCUGCACGGCGCCGGCAGCACCAUCUCCUCAGCCGAGAGCAGCAAGCGCGCUUCGUCCGUGGUCCCUCCGACCCCCGACCUCGUCCAUGAUCGUGCUAGCACUAGCAUGAGCAUCGCCUCCGACGGCGUCCUCCACAGCUCGGCGCUCUCUGGCCGAUCUUCCAUGCAGAGCACCAUUGGCGGCGACGGCGGUCCCAAGAUCCUCGAAGUCGACGAGACCGACGCUGCGCAGGGAUCGCUUGAUGUUGUCCCCGAGGAGCCCGUUACCAAGUACAUGCUCCUCGAGGACCGCGUGGCUGGUCGACGAUUGGAGGGUUGAAGACAUCUCUGACACCCUGUUCACGAAAAAGAAAUUUGUUUUGUAAACAAGAAAGUCUUUCUCUCUCUCCUUUGUUCUCUGACUCUUGCGUGAGCAAAGCAACAAAAGCCGGAAAGCAGCAAGUCUGAGAUCGAAAGGAAGUCGAAAAAGGACGAUGUUGCCUAUGUGUGAAUGCGAGGACGCCGCGGAUGUUCUGUUACUACUACAACCAUAGUCGCUCGCUCUACGUCUAUCUCUCACUACCUCCGAAAGAGGAGGAAACACGGAAGAAUGAAAGGAGGUGGAAAAAGAAGAAGAGGGAGAAGAAGAAGAAAAAGAAGAGUCUGCCCAACGGCCAUUGUUUUCCUUUUUGCAAGAAGACGUCGGAAGCUCCGGUCUUGUGUCUAUUUUAAUGUUAUGCUUCUCGUACGCGAUUGGCACUGUUUGGAUUGUCGCCGUUUUACUGUUUAGCUUUAGUUUUCCUCCUCCGUCUGUCUUUAGAAUCCCCCAAUGUAUGCGA